AUGUCACCUCUACUUUCUCCAAGUCCAAUUCACUCUCUUGGUGGCUCAACUGAAUCAUUACCAUCUACUUUAGAAAAGACUAUCAAAAUCAGAAAAGGACAAGAGCAACUCGGAAUCACUGUAGAUGCUAUUGACAAAGGUGUAAAUGGCUGUGUUGUUAAAUCUAUAUCACCAAAUGGUGCUAUUGGGAGAGAUGGCCGCAUUGCUGUUGGAGAUUACAUUGUAUCAAUCAACAAUGAAAGUAUGCGACGAAUUACAAAUGCUCAGUCACGUGCAAUUCUAAGACGGGCUUCAUUACUUGGAAUUGACAUCAAUAUUACAUAUAUCACAAGUAGUGAUGCUACAACCCAUAAAGAAACUGCUGGUAGCCGCACACAAGAAUUUAGCCCAACACAUUCUGCAAUGCCUUCACCUAACUCUAAUCUAUCUCCAAUACAUCUUCAUGGAGCUACAGAUGGGCGUCACUCUGCACACACUUCCCCUCUACAUAGUCCUCUGCAUCUGAUCAAGGACAAGUCAGCAAGUGCUCCAGCAUCACCAGCAGUGAUGAUAGGCAGUAAAGGCCCAGGGCGUCAAAUCACUCUGUCAUGUGAUGGAUCACCAGCUACUGGUGAUCAUACUUGGGGACCUCCAAGAAUUGUAAUAUUGGAAAGAGAACCAGGAAAGAGCCUUGGGAUCAGUAUUGUUGGUGGCAAGAUCAAUGUAUCACAUACCUCACCUGAACAAAUGAUGUCCGGUAUUUUCAUUAAAGUUGUGAUGAAAGAUAGCCCUGCUGGCAGGGAUGGAACCUUAAAAACUGGAGAUAGAAUAUUGGAAGUAAAUAACAAAGAUUUGCGGACAGCAUCUCAUGAUGAAGCUGUGGAAAUUAUUCGGAAUGCUACAAACCCUGUUCACUUCUUAGUACAAAGCUUAACUGAUGCUUCUUGUGACUCCCAGCUGGAUGAUAAAGUGUUUCAAGAUGAAGAUAUUGAAAUUCAGACCUGUGAUGAAUAUGGAUAUUCUUUAAAAAAACUCCAGUACAAGUAUGGUGAUCUAAAUGGAGAUAUUGUAUUGGUUGACUUGAAUCGUGGCAACAAUGGAUUGGGAAUUAGUUUGGCUGGAAACAAAGAUCGAAGUAAAAUGAGUGUUUAUAUUUCCUUGAGUACAGCCAGAAAAAAACUUUUAAUUCACAAUUUACAAGUUGGAGAUGAACUACUUGAGGUGAAUGGACAAGUUCUAUAUGGUAGAAGCCAUCUGAAUGCUUCAGCUAUUAUAAAAGGACUUACCCAGCCAAUUCUUAAAGUUGUUUUACUUAGGUCAGAAAAUUACCUGGAGCACAUGGCAGUAAAACCCUUAAAAUUAUUACCUGCAACAUCAGAAGAACAAAAUGAAUCAUUUCAACAUGAAGAUAACAUCCACUCAGUUCAAGGGCCAUCACAUAUUGAGAUUAGGGUCCCAACAGAGGAAACUUCCCCAGCUAUGCUUCUUCAAGAUGCUAUUCAAGUUGUUAUAGUAAACAAGGGACCUUCUGGCUUUGGAUUUACAACAACAGAAGAUAAAACAAAAACUGGAAUAUAUAUAAAAUCAAUAAUUCCAGGGAGUGAUGUUUCUCAAGGAAAUCUAUUGAGUGCUGGAGAUAAAAUUUUGGAAAUAGACAGAUACACUUUGGAAAAUGUUGAUUAUGGCAAAGCAGUGGAUAUAUUGAAAAGAACACAAGGAAAAGUAAAAUUAAAAGUUCAAAAACAGCGAUUAUACCAGAAAAAUGAAGUUUCUGUAAAUCUUGGUGAUGUUGGAGGUGAUUCUACUACUGACCCCAUUUCCUCUGCUCAAAAAGUAUCAGGUCCAGUUUCUGAACCUUUAACCUGUCCUAUUGUCCCAGGGACUGAAACCUAUCUUGAAAUUGAUAAAGGUCGAUCUGGUCUUGGAUUGAGUAUUGUUGGUGGUGCUGACACAUUAUUGGGAUCAAUUAUCAUCCAUGAAGUAUAUGCUGAUGGUGCAGCUCAUCGAGAUGGCAGACUGAUGGCUGGGGACCAGAUUCUUAUGGUAAAUGAUGAAAACUUAAAAGAUGCCACACAUGAAAGAGCCAUUCAGAUUCUUCGGCAGACUCCAACUAUAGUGAAAAUGGUUGUAUACAGAGAUGAUCAAUUAACAAAAGAAGAAGAUAUUUAUGAUAUCUUUACUGUGGAAUUGGUUAAAAAGCCUGGUAAAGGACUUGGACUUAGCAUUGUUGGCAAACGGAAUGAUGUUGGUGUUUAUAUCUCAGAUAUUGUCCGAGGUGGUGUUUCAGAAGCAGAUGGCCGACUCAUGCAAGGUGACCAAAUAUUGUCGGUGAAUGAUGAGGAUAUGAGACGAGCAACUCAAGAUCAUGCAGCAGCAGUUUUGAAGACACUCAUGGGAAAAGUUGUGUUGACCAUUGGCCGAUUAAAAGCAAGUUCUCGAUCAUCAUCACAUCACAAUUCUAGCUCAGGAGGCCUUCGCAAAUCUGAGUCUCAUACUAGUGGCAAGUCCAAGGGGAAACAUAGCAGAGUGUCUAGUGAAGAUAUUUCUCAUGUGCGCAUUGUAGAAGUGGCUCAUGAUGCUAGAGGCUCUCUGGGUCUCAGUAUUGCUGGAGGUGUGGGAAGUACACUGGGAGAUACACCAGUGGUCAUAACAAAUCUUCAUCCUGGGGGUCCUGCAUCACAAACUGAGAAGUUAAAGAUUGGUGACCAAAUAUUGGCUGUUAAUGAAAUGUCCACUAAAGAUUUGACCCACACUGAAGUGGUUGCAAUGUUGAAAGAUACAUCAGCAUCAGUCAUACUUACUGUCACACAUGGCCGAAGCAAGGAUAGACUAAGAGUCCCAGAGAAAAAAAUUCAUUUACAGAGUAUUAUUUCAUAUUUCCUGCCAUCGUUCAGAGGAAUAUGCUGCUGUGAUGGUAGAAUAAAAACAAUUUUCUUUUUUACCACAAAAUGUUCGGUUUUCUUUCCAUCUAUUUGCACUACUAAAAACAAGUAA